GCCGGCUUCGGCGGAGGCGGCGGCGGCUGCCGGUCCGGGACGGCGACGCAGCACGCCCGCCCGCGGCGCGACAGGGCGGACUAGACCUCCGCAGCCGGCCGCAGCCGCCGCCUCACCAAGGCCGGACCGAAGAGCGCAGCGGCGAGCGCGCGGCCUGUGAGGCGGCCGGAGCGACGGGCUCAGCGCCAGCGUCCUGUCAGGCGACGGAGGGUCCGCCGCGGACCGAGCCAAGAUGAUGCCGAUGAUAUUAACUGUGUUCUUGAGCAACAAUGAACAGAUUUUAACAGAAGUUCCUAUAACACCAGAAACAACCUGUCGAGAUGUUGUAGAAUUUUGCAAGGAACCUGGAGAAGGCAGUUGCCAUUUAGCUGAAGUAUGGAGGGGAAACGAGCGCCCCAUACCCUUUGACCACAUGAUGUAUGAUCACCUGCAGAAGUGGGGGCCCCGCAGGGAAGAAGUGAAAUUUUUCCUUCGACACGAGGACUCCCCAACUGAGAGCAGUGAACAAGGUGGCCGUCAGACCCAAGAGCCAAGAACUCAGAGAAAUAUAAUAAAUGUACCUGGAGAAAAACGCACUGAAAAUGGGGUUGGGAAUUCACGUGUUGAACUUACCCUCUCAGAACUCCAAGACAUGGCAGCUAGGCAACAGCAGCAAAUUGAAAAUCAGCAGCAAAUGCUGGUUGCCAAGGAACAACGUUUACAUUUUCUAAAGCAACAAGAGCGCCGCCAGCAGCAAUCUAUUUCUGAAAAUGAAAAACUUCAGAAAUUGAAAGAACGAGUUGAAGCCCAGGAAAACAAGCUGAAGAAAAUUCGUGCCAUGAGAGGACAAGUUGACUACAGCAAAAUUAUGAACGGCAAUCUGUCUGCUGAAAUAGAAAGAUUCAGUGCCAUGUUCCAGGAAAAGAAGCAGGAAGUACAGACUGCAAUUUUAAGAGUUGAUCAGCUAAGUCAGCAAUUGGAAGAUUUAAAGAAGGGAAAGCUGAAUGGGUUCCAGUCUUAUAAUGGCAAGUUGACAGGACCAGCAGCGGUGGAGUUAAAAAGACUGUACCAAGAGCUACAGAUUCGUAACCAGCUUAACCAGGAACAGAAUUCAAAACUCCAGCAGCAGAAGGAACUCUUAAAUAAGCGCAACAUGGAGGUGGCCAUGAUGGACAAGCGAAUCAGUGAACUGCGUGAACGACUUUAUGGCAAGAAAAUUCAGCUGAACCGUGUGAAUGGUACAUCAUCGCCACAAUCCCCCCUGAGCACAUCUGGCAGGGUCGCUGCUGUAGGGCCUUACAUCCAAGUUCCCAGUGCUGGGAGCUAUCCUAUCCCGGGAGACCCUGUAAAGCCCCAGUCUCUCACCAUCACCUCAAGUGCUGCCCAUGGAAGAUCAAAAUCUGCUAAUGAUGGAAGCUGGCCAACAUUAAAGCAGAAUUCUGGCUCUUCGAUGAAGUCAGCGCAGAUGGCCAGUACAGAGUGGAAGGACCCAGGCGUGGAGGGAGCCCUCAAGCAGGGUGCAAUCUCAAGCCAACCUCUGCCCUUGUCAGCACUGGGAGCCACAGAAAAGCUGGGCAUCGAGAUUGGGAAAGGGCCACCUCCCAUGCCUGGCGUAGGCAAGCCACUGCCUCCUAGCUAUGGGACUUACCCAAGUCCUACACCUCUGGGCCCUGGGUCAACAAGCUCCCUGGAGAGGAGAAAAGAGGGCAGUUUGCCCAGACCCAGUACAGGUGUGCCAAGUCGGCAGAAACCUGCCCCACUGCCCCCGGCAGGCAGCGCCCCCCAACCUGGCUCCUCGCAGCAGAUUCAGCAGAGGAUUUCGGUACCGCCAAGUCCCACCUACCCACCAGCGGGGCCACCUGCAUUUCCAGCUGGAGACGGAAAACCUGAACUCCCACUGACGGUGGCUAUUAGGCCCUUUCUGGCUGAUAAAGGGUCAAGGCCACAGUCUCCCAGGAAAGGACCCCAAACAGUAAAUUCAAGUUCCAUAUACUCCAUGUACCUCCAGCAAGCCACACCACCUAAGAAUUAUCAGCCAGCCGUGCAUGGCUCCUUAAAUAAAUCAGUUAAAGCAGUGUAUGGCAAGCCCGUCUUACCAUCAGGGUCAACGUCUCCAUCGCCCUUACCAUUUCUUCACGGAUCGUUGGGCACAUCUCAGCCUCAACCAUCCUCAGAAUGUGCUGAAAAAGAGCCAGAGCAGGAGGGCCCCACUGCUACUGGAGAAGGCAGUGCAGUGGAGAGUCUGCCACGGCCACUCAGCCCCACCAAGCUCACACCCAUUGUGCACUCGCCAUUGCGCUACCAGAGUGAUGCGGACCUGGAGGCCCUCCGCAGGAAGCUGGCAAAUGCACCCCGGCCUCUGAAGAAGCGCAGCUCCAUCACGGAGCCAGAGGGCCCUGGAGGGCCCAACAUCCAAAAGCUGCUAUACCAGCGCUUCAACACCUUGGCUGGUGGCAUGGAAGGCACCCCUUUCUACCAGCCCAGCCCCUCACAGGACUUUGUGGGCACCUUGGCCGAUGUAGAUAAUGGAAAUACCAAUGCCAACGGCAACCUGGAUGAGUCCAUUCCUGCCCAGCCCACAGCCCCACUCCCUGAUGAGCCUGCCCCAUCCUCAGAUGCCAAUGAUAACGAGCUACCUUCUCCUGAACCAGAGGAGCUCAUCUGUCCCCCAACCACCCAUCAAACUGCUGAGCCUGCAGAGGACAAUAACAACAAUGUGGCCACAGUCCCUUCCACAGAACAGAUUCCAAGCCCUGUGGCCGAGGCCCUGUCUCCAGGAGAGGAACAGAUCCCUCCAUCACCUCUUUCCCUUGUUGUCCACCCUCCAGCAGCCUCUGUGAGCAAACGGACCAACCUGAAGAAGCCCAACUCAGAGAGGACAGGGCAUGGGCUGAGAGUACGUUUCAACCCCCUGGCACUGCUUCUAGAUGCUUCUCUGGAAGGCGAGUUUGAUCUAGUGCAGAGGAUCAUCUAUGAGGUGGAAGACCCCAGCAAGCCCAAUGAUGAAGGAAUCACCCCUCUGCAUAAUGCUGUCUGUGCUGGCCACCAUCACAUCGUGAAGUUCUUGCUAGACUUUGGUGUCAAUGUGAACGCUGCUGACAGUGAUGGAUGCCAUUCUGGUUCCAGGACACCACUGCACUGCGCUGCCUCUUGCAACAGUGUGCACCUCUGCAAACAGCUGGUAGAGAGCGGUGCUGCCAUCUUUGCCUCCACCAUCAGCGACAUUGAAACAGCUGCAGACAAGUGUGAAGAGAUGGAAGAAGGCUACAUUCAGUGCUCUCAGUUUUUAUAUGGGGUGCAGGAGAAGUUAGGAGUGAUGAACAAAGGCACAGUGUAUGCCCUGUGGGACUAUGAAGCCCAGAACAAUGAUGAGCUGUCCUUCCACGAAGGGGAUGCUAUCACCAUCUUGAGGCGCAAGGAUGAAAGUGAGACUGAAUGGUGGUGGGCUCGCCUCGGAGACCGAGAGGGCUAUGUGCCCAAAAAUCUGCUGGGGUUGUAUCCACGGAUCAAGCCCCGGCAGCGAACACUGGCCUGAAUUUCCCUGGAGCAUUACAGUCUCAACGGCUCCCAGGAAUCACUGAAGAUGAUUCUGCAAUCCCCAGAAAAGUCGGAGCUAGGAUGGUUUCAUGGUGCUCACUUUAGCAGACAGUGUCCACAAUGUGAAUUCUGCACUUCCCAGGUGAGGCCCUUUCUCCAGUCUGCCAUAACUGGGAGAAGUACUUUUGCCUCCAGGAAGACUGAAUUUUGCCAAUUACUGUAAAUCCAAAUAAAUACCCAGCUUCCAAAACACCCACCCUGUUGCCAAUAAGAAGUCCUCUAAUUAUCAUAAUCUCUGAUGGUUGCUAAUGAAGACAAAGUUCUGACUGACUUGGCCCCAAGGUCACCUCUUGUGAUAGAUGUUCCCCCUCCCUGACUACAAAAGGCCAGCUGUUGCCAGGUUGUCCCCAUUGCAGCCCUGCCCUCCUCUGAAGUCACAGAGACCAUCCUUUUUCAACCCACAUGAUUUUUCUUUCACUACCAAAGGGGUGUAAAAACUGUCCAGUGUGGUUGCCCAAUGUGCAUGUCCCCCAGGGGCUCUUGCAUGGGCAAUUUGGGGUGCUCUGCUUCCUGCUGACUCCGUGCUACAGCUGGACUUCGUGCCUCAGCACACUACAGUCCUCUGAUUCUUACAGCCUCUGGCUAACCGCGUGGUUCUUACCCCCUCACAGCUUGAAUUUAUUUAUAUUCAGUGUAGUCAAACACUGGAGUCUGGACAACCACAGGUCAAUGUUGGGUUGGGGUGGGAUGGGGUAGAUUGGGCAGGGCCCAGUUUACACUAAGCUUCCCAGGCCAACUGGGAUAUAGUCACUUUGGCCCCAGUUCCAGACUCCAAGCAAGACAGGCUCUGACCCGGAGCUAGAACUGUGCAGACAUUUUAUACACCAAGAUUAUUUUUCAGCUAGACCAUUUAAAACUACCAGAAUUGUGUUGGUGAUGUUUUGGUUUGUUUUUUUUCCUCAUGAAAACACAGGCUCUAAGGCUUUAUUUUUCAUGUCAGUCUUGUGCAUAACCUGUAUAUAAUAUAAAUCCAUGUGUAGACUCAUGGGUGCAGUGCUGUGGUCAUCACCUUUGAGCAUCAGUUGUCCAGGAUGGUGCUGAGAAGUGAUGCCCUAUGAAGCAGCCUCUUCCACCCCCACCACCACCAUGCCGUGUAACGUGCACAAUAAACC